AUGAAGUGGCACAAAGAGAAGCUUGAUGUGAUUUUGGUUCCAGGAGGGCUGGUGCUGAUGUUUGGCUAUCAUAUAUUUCUGCUCUACAGAUAUCUCACAAAUUCAAAGAGUACUGUGAUUGGCUUUGAGAAUCACUGCCAAAAAGCCUGGGUCAACAAACUUAUGCAAGUUGAUGCAAUGAGUAGAGGUGCAGCAUUCACAGUUAUGAACAGCACAAUAGGAGCAUCAAGUUUCAUGGCAUCCACAUCCUUAACCUUAAGUUCAUUAAUAGGAGCUUGGAUAGGAAGCUCCUCAAGCAAUGAAAUAGUUGCAAGAAUGAUCUAUGGAGAUACAGGAAUUUCCAUAACAUCCAUUAAAUACAUCAGUAUUCUCCUGUUUUUCCUGCUUGCUUUUGCAUCUUUUGUUCAAUCUUCUAGGUGUUAUGUACAAGCCAACCUUCUUUUGAGCAUGCCUAAGGCAGAAGUUCCUGAAGAAUUAGUGGUUGAAUCCUUAAUACAUGGUGGGAAUUUCUGGCAGGUUGGAUUAAGGGCCAUAUAUUUUGCUGUAACUAUGUUGAUGUGGAUUUUCGGGCCGAUUCCUAUGUUUCUUUCAUGUGCUACAAUGGUGAUGGUUUUGCAUGUUCUUGAUGUUAAUAACAAGUAUAUGCAUGAUUUUAGUGGGUCUAAUGGUAAAGGAAGAGAUCAGAUGGGUGGGACAUUUGAGCAGCAGGAUGGUAUGAGGUUUGGGAAUUGUGAGUUUCAUGCUAGUGCUGUUAAUACUGCUGCAGCAUUGUCUAGUACUGUUGUUUCUUGA